CAGCACAGACUCUGGGUUUUUUCCACCUUUCCCCAACGGUUUUGGACAUGCAAGGAUUAAGAAGGAUACUGACUGCUUUCACACUGGCUGUCUGCCUUUCAAGCCCUGGAAAAGCACAGCAGCAAUGCACUAAUGGGUUUGACCUGGACCGUGCCUCUGGGCAAUGCUUAGACAUUGAUGAAUGCCGGACCAUUCCCGAGGCCUGCAGGGGAGACAUGGUGUGUGUGAACCAGAACGGGGGCUACCUGUGCGUGCCCCGCACAAACCCCGUGUACCGCUCGCCCUACCUGAGCCCCUACUCCAACGUGUACCCACCGCCCCCGGCCCCCGGCCCCGUCCCCAACUACCCCACGGCCACCCGGCCCCUCAUCUGCCGCUUCGGCUUCCAGCUGGAUGAGAACAACCAGUGUGCUGAUGUGGAUGAAUGCGCUUCAGAUUCUCACCAGUGUAACCCCACCCAGAUCUGCAUAAAUACUGAAGGGGGCUACACCUGCUCCUGCACUGAGGGCUACUGGCUGUUAGAAGGCCAGUGUUUAGACAUAGACGAAUGUCGCUAUGGGUACUGCCAGCAGCUGUGUGCCAACGUGCCCGGCUCCUACUCCUGCACCUGCAACCCCGGCUUCACCCUCAACGACGAUGGGAGAUCCUGCCAAGAUGUGAACGAAUGUACAAGUGAAAACCCUUGCACUCAGACCUGUGUCAACACCUAUGGCUCUUUUCUCUGCCGCUGUGAACCUGGCUAUGAACUGGAAGCUGACGGAGUUAACUGCAGUGACAUGGAUGAGUGCAGCUUCUCAGAGUUCCUCUGCCAGCACGAAUGUGUGAAUGGGCCUGGUUCUUACUACUGUACCUGUCCUUCAGGAUAUAACUUGCUUGAUGACAGUAGAAGCUGCCAAGAUAUCAAUGAAUGUGAAAUCAGAAACUUCACCUGCACUUCACAGCAAACAUGUUUCAAUAUCCCAGGAGAAUAUAAAUGUUUAGAUCCAGUACGAUGUGAGGAGCCUUAUCUCCAGAUUAAUGAGAACCGCUGCAUGUGUCCAGCUGAAAACCCUGGGUGCCGAGAUCAGCCCUUCACCAUCCUGUACAGAGUGAUGGACAUGGUGUCUGGGAGGUCUGUGCCUUCGGAUAUAUUUCAGAUGCAAGCAACAACUCGCUACCCUGGAGCCUAUUACAUCUUCCAAAUCAAAUCAGGGAACGAGGGCAGGGAAUUCUACAUGCGGCAAACAGGACCCAUCAGUGCCACCCUGGUGAUGACCCGGCCCGUGAAGGGGCCGCGCACGAUCGAGCUGGACUUGGAAAUGAUCACUGUAAACACCGUCAUCAACUUCAGAGGCAGCUCUGUCAUCCGGCUGAGGAUAUUUGUGUCACAGUACUCCUUCUAA